UUACACUGCGAUGAGCCAUGUAACAAACGUGUUUUUCUUUUGUAAUUUCUUGUGCUCGCUUCUUGCUAAUCGUUUUACAUGCGUUUAUAUGGAUUUUACAUAAUAAUUACAACUUCUUUCGCUGCUUUCUUUCUAUAUUAUUUUUGUUUUAACUAAAACUAAGAAAAAAAGUGGUAACAAAUGCCAAUACUAGAUUAUGUAAAUUAGGUAAAUAGUAGAUAAUUAUUAAUAAGAUAUCUGUUUCUUUGACAUGUAGUUGGUCGUUUUGACGUUGACAUGUGACUUUGAACAAACUUUUCAGACUCAACGUCGUUUUCUUGAUUGUCGCACAGAGAGAUGGUGGUUUGUUUUCGCCUUGUUCUAAUUACGACGUGCGAAAGAUAUAAUUCAGCCACAAUAAAUAUAGGCAAAUUAUCAAAGUAAUAUAAAGCGAUAUUCGCACAUUAUAAAGAAAUUACAACAUCUAACGUUGAAAUAUAAUUAUAUCGAUGACAAAGUAAUACUUUGAGGCGGUGAUGUAGUGUUUAAAGUUACUGAAGCUGACAGGGGAUUGUAACGCUUCACUGAGCACAACAGCCGGAGGUAUUUAACCACUGGUGAGAAAAAAUGUUAAGAUUCAUCCAAAAAUCUGUUUUCGCAGCUGCAACUGGGACUGACUGCCUUUUUGCCUGUGCGAAUGUCUGAUAGAGAGUUUCAUGUGUAACAAGUUGAUAAUUAAAACAUCGUUAUAUGUGAGAUUAACUUCGGAUACCUUGCGUUUCUUAGAUCCGGAAUUUAUAUAUACGUUUAGGGAAAACAGUUUUAAUAUGUUGUUUCAUUAACUCACGCCGGGAAGCUACAAUGCAGCUUUUGUGAUAUUAAAAGAAUCAUAUAAUGUUGCUAGUUACACAAAGAAAUAACAUGAAAUUGGAUAUUUACAUUUUUGUUUUAUGGUUUGUGUUUUUCUUAAACGCCGAUGUAAAUGCGGCGCGCUAUUAUCGUCAUAGUGGAAGUGAGGGUCUAAGAGGCGAAUUGGACAAAGUCCAAAACGACUGUCCAGUACAAUGUCGAUGUAUCGCGCUCGCCCAUCUAAGUUAUAGGGACAUGGCAGAAAGAUGGUUGUCUAUGAGACGGAUGCAUGGUGUUCAGACAACUUUCAAAGGAACAGAGUCGCCGGUAUGGAAAGAGGAAGCCAAAAAUUUACAAGGACGAGAUGUUGUUUGUAUGGGAUUGAACAAAGUACCACGACCUCUCCCUAACAGUGUAAAAAGGCUGACACUGUUUGGAGAUAGUAGCAGCGUGACUGAUAACGGACAAACACAGAUAACGUAUAUUCGAGAGAGCUCAUUUGAAAACGGAGAGACAUUAAACCAGCUAAUGAUAACAGGAAACAACAUCUACAUCUUGUAUCCGUAUAUAUUCCGAAAUCUUCCAAACGUCCAACAUCUUGCUAUACAGAACAAUAACAUAAGUCAUAUAUCUGCCGCCGCUUUCUCUUCACUCAGCCAGUUGAUUGAGUUACGUCUCUCUGACAACAUGAUACGGUUUCUAUCACCAAAUGUGUUCAGUCAACUUGUCCAUUUAGAGUACUUGUUUCUGAAUGGAAAUAAGUUGACUGCAAUGCACAAUUUUGUGUUACAAAAACUGAAACAUCUUCAGUAUCUCGAUUUGUCAAGGAAUAAUUUUAGAACAUUCUAUGAUUCAGUUUUUGACGGUGCUGUAAAUCUACAAGAUUUACUGAUGAACGAGAACCAGAUAUGGUACAUCAGGUCCCGAUGGUUUGAGAAGCUGUCAAAAUUAAGAAGACUGGAGAUCCGUGCUAACGUAAUUACACGUAUCGAUCCGAGCUCAUUCAAAACUUUGACAAGUCUUGAGGAUUUGCACCUUUCUGCCAACAUAAUAAAUCUCAUAUCUAACGAAGCUUUCAGAAAUUUAUCUAGACUUAAAAAUUUAGACCUCGGAACUAACGACAUUAAUAAACUUGAACCAGGAUGUUUCGCUGGCUUAGAUUCUUUGGAUAACCUUGACCUGAGCGUAAAUAAACUUUCGUUUAUAAACAAUAAAACGUUUACAUCAACACCAUUAUUGAGAGUUCUUCAUUUAUCAAAGAAUUCAAUUAAAGAUGUAGAAGAAGCAGCGUUGCAUCCUUUAACAUUGCUACAGGAAUUGGACUUGUCGUACAACAAACUAAAAGUCGUUGAAAGUAAAACGUUUACUGGUUUAAUGGAGCUGAAAGAGGUAAAUCUGGAACACAAUAUUAUAUCAGAGGUCAAGAAUGAUGCAUUUAUAGUAGCUCCUUUAAAUCAACUGUCAAAAAUCACAUGGCUAAGUCUACAGUACAACAGGAUUAAAUCAUUAAAUGCAUAUUCAUUAUAUGGCCUUCCACAUCUAAAAUUCUUUAAUGUUGGACAUAAUAAACUUAAGACCAUACAUAGUAAAUCGUUUUAUACAUUAAUCAGCUUGCAAAAUCUUAUGAUGAAUAACAACAAACUUUCAACUCUUGAAGAUGGAUUAUUUACCAAUUUGAAACUUUUGUACUCUCUUUCAUUAGAAAACAAUAAAAUAUCAGUGAUUUCGGACAAUUCUUUCGUCGGGUUAAGAAAAUUAGAUGAUCUUAAUAUGAAGUCAAACAGACUUGAAAGUAUCUCAAAAAAUGCAUUCAGACAUCUUUCAGAUUUGACACAUCUUCAUCUAAGCAACAACUUGUUGUUUACCUUCGACUUUGGCGAUUUGGGUUUGGUUAAGAAACUUGAAAGCAUUGACCUUGGAUAUAACCGUCUAUUUGAGUUAAAGUUCCCCAAGCACAGAACACAUACUUUGAGGGAGCUUAUACUUUCUUAUAAUCAGUUACAAACGUUAUCUUCAAAUGCCAUAAAUAUAUUGGAGCCAAUCAGUAAUGCCUACCUGGACAACAACCCCUGGUCUUGUGACUGUAGAUUGGACUGGCUACCUAAAUAUAUCUCAGAAUAUAAAAUACGUUUAGGCAGGUCAAGCUUUAACACACUCUGUCGGGCACCGUCUUCAUUGUAUGGAGUCAAGAUAAGCGAUGUAGCUAUAAGAAACUUCCGUUGUGAUAAUAGUACUGUUUCAAAGAUGUUCAUGUGUCAGAAUCUACAGAUACGAUAUACAAAGCAAGCCAAGGAUGAUAUAAUGAGGAAAAGUAAACGGGAGGCGAGAAAUUGGCAUGUUAGUUUCCGAGCUGAGGAUAAUAAGAGCAACAUAAGUCGUGUCUGUAACGGAAUUCUCUUAACAAGUGACUGGGUGUUAACACGCCGUACCUGUUUUCAGUCGUAUAUACCUUAUAAUUCUUCAAAAGUUAUAGCAAAAGUAGGAAGAAAAGAAUCAAGACAAAUAGCUCUCAGUAUAGACUACUCCACCGACCAAACGGCGAAUGAUUUCGAUUUGCGUUUAAUUCGGUUGGCAACAAAGAGAACAUAUGACGACUCGGAAACAUUACCAUGCAUUUUAACGCAUUCACAGUAUCACCAGCUUGCAACCGUCAUUCCGGAAGCAAUUUUUACUGUGAGGCGUUAUACGAAUGAGACACGAAAGUGGAAACUUCUAGCAAAAAGAGGAAAGAUUGCUAAGAAAUGUGAUAACAACGGUAGUAUUUGUGUAAGAGUCAAAACGCCUGAGCAGUUGAAUAUGCAAGGUUCCCCACUUUCUCUCCGUUACCAAGGGAUAUGGUAUCUAGCUGGCCUAGGGAUCACUGUUAAUUCAACGGAAUUGAAGAGUUCAAAGUUUACACCUCUCUGGACGGUGAAUGAAUGGUUAGCAGCAACAAUAUAUGAAAUUGAUAAAAAAUGUCGAUUUCUUACAACAGAUAAAAAGACAAACGUUUUAUGUGAAAAUUUGAGCCUGAAUGGUGUGUUGAAAUCGGACAAGGUUCUUCACGUGUAAACGUACAAAAAGUUGUAGGGCAAUCGAAUAUAUAUAAAAAAAUUGUUUCCUAUGUCAUGAACUGACCCGGCUGUUUUCUUUUUUAGCAAAACAGAGGGCCUUAAAACAUGCAAUAAUAGGCAAAGUGUGAAUUAUUUGCCAAUUAUUUUUAUAUGUAGUCUAUUAUAUUAUUUGAGAACCAAAAUAUUUUGAACAGUAAAUUUAUUUACUUAAGUAUCAGAUGAGAUCCUUUCCAAAAUCCUAAAAAAAAAACGGAAAAUAUGCAAAUGAUAAUAAAAAGAUAUAUUUAGUAAUAAAUUGAUAAUCAACAUUUUGAGCAAUUCCUGUUUGAGUUAAAAGCGUUUAACGGUAUUUAUCUUAGGUCAUUUUACACGAUUAGAAUUUUAGAAAAAAACUGAGAAAGUGAAUUAUCUGAAAUUUGCACACAAGUUAUUAGUCCAGAUCUUCAUCAAAUGGAAAAAAAAUAUUUCUAUCUCCAUCAAUCGCAGUCCCUCCACACCACAUAAGAUUAUUGGAUUCAAUAAAUGUACCUGAAACAAACGGUAAUCGAGAAAACUGCCAAAAAAUAAUGUAUGCUUUCACGAAAAAUGAAAAAUUAUACCACUUAUAUACGUUUCCCGUCACUUUGAAAUAGUUUUAUGUUACAAAAAAUUGUAUUGAUUUGAAUACUGCUAUUUAUAGUUUCUGUCCGUCCCUGUAUUACUUCUAAACAGAAACGAAAACUGUUGUAAAAAUAUUUUCUUUCACAAUAAACACAAAUUACAAUAGUCAAA